UUGAAAUGGCAGAAAACAAGUUUUCACUUUUUCAAUAUCACUGUUCCCCACACGUCAUGAUUUUUAACAGCUAUGCAGGCACACCGCUGUACUCAAGGAAAGAAAGGAGCAGCAUAGUAUAAAUAUGAUAUUUAUGUUUAAAAUUGAGAAAACCAUGUAAAGCCAGGCAUGAUUUCAGCUUCACCGAGAGAAGCACGACUUGAAGCUACGCAAAGUCAGGCCCGCCCUGGGUCUGACGCCAGAGAGCAGACGUCACAGCAGCUGGGAAACGUGACCUGUCUGUCAAUGACUGACAGCGCAAAGUGAACGUUCCUGUUCUGGAGUUCAAAUUCAGUCAGUUGUUUUAGUCGGAGCAGGAAGCAGCCGCGUGCCCGGGCGAACCACAGGCCUGAGCUGGCUGCAGAUACCAGACCCUCGCGUCGUCUUCAUUUCAAGACAUCGGGAAUCUUCUGUCACUUUGUCAUCCGCUGCCAUUCCAUCGGAGAGAAAAUGGCGGCAGACCAAACGUUAAAGACGGUCACAAGCGAGCCUGACUUCCUGCAGUUCAACGACCUGGCCUGCGAGAUGGCCGGAGGAAAGGUGAUUUUCGCCACAGAUGAAUGGUUUGCCCCAGCACAAAAUCUCUUGAAGAGGGAGCCUGCAGAGUUCAUUGCCACUGCCUUCACGGAGUACGGCAAAUGGAUGGAUGGAUGGGAGACCAGGCGAAAACGAAUUCCAGGCCAUGACUGGUGCAUCGUUCAGCUGGGAGUACCAGGCGUUAUACACGGGGUCGACGUCGACACCUCCUUCUUCACGGGGAACUACGCCCCCUCCGUCUCCAUUCAGGCGGCGUGCCUCAGAACAGCAGAUGAGAUCCCUUCCCUGGUACAGGAAGGAGACCGCAUGGGCAAGGCAGCUACAGAAACGGAGUUUGAGGCUGUUGCAGAGCUGCACUCAGAGACCUGGGCGGAGUUAGUUCCAGUGACAGAGCUAAAGCCUGGCUAUCCAGACUCCUGUCACAACUACUUCCCUGUUACCUUCGCUCACAGGGUAACUCACAUUCGCCUCAAUAUGUACCCAGAUGGAGGGAUUGCUCGCCUACGGGUCUAUGGCAUCGGGCAGAAAGACUGGUCCGCAGACCCCAGCUCAGACCUCGUGGAUCUGGUUGCUCUGGUCAAUGGUGGGGUCUGCCAGGGAUACAGCGACGCUCACUACGGGCACCCACGCAACAUGAUAGGACUGGGGAGGGCACCUAACAUGGGCGACGGGUGGGAGACAGCCAGGCGGCUGGACAGGCCCAAAGUGCUGGAGACAGACGAGAAGGGCAUACUUCAGGUGCCGGGCAGUGAAUGGGCAGUUUUCAGACUGGGCCACCCGGGGGUUAUCUGCAACAUUGAGAUAGACACCAACCACUUCAAAGGGAACUUUCCAGAUUCCUGUAAAAUUGAAGCAUGCAGUUUGACUGCAGAGGAAGAAGAACAAUACUUAAGCGCAAGGUGGGCCAGUGAUGAGAGAGGGAAGUGGAAGAUUCUUCUGCCUCCCCAGAAGCUGAAAGCCCAUCACAUGCACCUGUUCUCUGAGGAGACGCUGGAGCAGACGGAAGUGGUCACUCACGUCCGCUUGGUAAUCGCCCCUGAUGGAGGGGUCAGCAGGCUGCGUCUCUGGGGUCGCCCCAAAGCCGCCCCCUCCUCAGACGCUCAGAAAUUAACCUCUAAACUGUGACGCCCCAGUACUGCACCUAUCUCAGUAACAGCCAAUGACCACUGAAAAGUCAACAUCAUCGAAUUAUUCUUAAUGUCUGUGGAACAGGCUGCUCUCUGUCUGUUGACUUGCUGUGUAAGUAUCAACCUGAGAAAUAAACCGUGGAUUACACAAGCUUGAUUGAACGCAAGGACAUA